AUCAUCGGAGGUGACUUUGAUUCCUUAAAUGAGCGUGUUCAGAAAGACACAGCUGCUCAACAAAUUUUCGAGGAAAGAGAGAAACAAGAACGAGCUGAGCGAGUGAGGAAACUACGAAAAGAAAGAGAACAGGUAGAGAGAGAACAUGCUACAGAGCAUCCUGAAUUUGACAAAAAUCAUGAUUCUGACGAUUCUGAUGAAUUUGUUGUCAGCCCUUUUCAGCCCGUAAAUGUAGCAAUUGCAGAGAGUGAAAAAAGAAGGCAGAGGAUGGAUAAAGAUGUGAACAAAAUUUUUAUGAAGCCUAGCACAGAACAGGAACAAUUUGAGACCCAGAGCGAGACCAGCAACGGCAGACAAAAAAGCACUGAUAAGGAACUUGUAGACCUUCAUAAGACAGUGGCAUUAACACAGCUCGUACAGAAAGAAAAAGAGACAAACCAACAACAGUCCUCUGGAUGCAGUGAUUCAGAUCUCAAUAGAAAGAAAACCAAGAAAUUCCAAUUCAAAAGUUCCCGGAUAGUACCAGUUUAAUACAGGAGACUGUGAUGCAAAGGUUCUAACAUCAUCCCAAUAUCCUCCACCUGUUGGUGGGGAAAGCCCCGGAGAUAACUGAGCCUCCAAAACAUGAACCUUUUGGUGAAACACUCCAAAAUGGUAAUGUAACAAGAUCUCUAUUUGAUGUCUCAUCUGUAUUCCCCGUUUUCUGCGGGAUCGGGACGGACGAAGAGCGCGAGAGUUGGGCAAGGGGAGAGGCGAAGCGUGGUCUGGGCGGAAGGGAUUGGACUGCGGCAUCGUGAACGGUAGUAGCUUCUCUCUAGCCAAGAGUGUUGCAACGUGUCUGCUGGUUAAGUGAGACCGUUUGGAACCCCGCUGCUGAUCACCGCGGAGUCGUCCUUGUGGGACUCCUCUGGACGGGAUGGUGCUGAGCCGGCUGAAACCACAGUCUGAAAGGAAACUUACAAAACAGAUUUGCAAAGUUGUGUUGGAUCAUUUUGACAAGCAGUAUGUCAAAGAGCUUGGAGAUUCAUGGAUUACAAUUAGGGAUAUCUUAACAUCCCCAGCAUGCUGGCAACAUGCAGUCCUUUUUAAUAGAUUCAGCUAUCCUUUUGCACUGGAGAAAGAUUUACACCUGAAGAGAUAUCACACCCUUCUUCAAGGAUAUUUUCCCUACUGUCCUAAAUCACUGAUAUGCUACAUUAGUAAAAUUCCUGGACGAAUACCUUCAGAGAGACAUCAGUCUGGUAAACUCAAAGGAUAUUAUCUUCUAAAUGCUUCCUCCCUUCUCCCAGUGUUGGCUCUGGAAUUGCAAAAUGGGGAAAGAAUUUUGGAUAUGUGUGCUGCUCCAGGGGGUAAAUCAAUAGCUCUUCUACAGUGUGCCUAUCCAGGUUAUUUUCACUUUAAUGAGUAUGAUCGUCUGAGAUCAAGGUGGUUGAAGCAGACACUAGAAUCUUUCAUCCCACGACCCUUGAAAAAUAAAAUAAAAGUGUCUGAAUUGGAUGGCAGAGAGAUAGGAGAUACUCAACCUGAAAUGUUUGACAAGGUGUUAGUUGAUGCCCCAUGUUCAAAUGAUCGAAGUUGGCUGUUCUCUUCUGAUACCCUGAAGGCAUCCUAUAGGUUAAGCCAAAGAAAGGAAUUGCCUAUUAUGCAGAUAGAACUACUAAGGUCUGCAAUCAAGGCAUUGCGUCCUGGAGGAUCACUGGUUUAUUCUACGUGCACCCUUUCCAAGGCAGAAAACAUUGAUGUAAUCGAUCAAAUCUUAAAUUCUCAUAGUAACAUAUUCCCAGUGGACAUGAAGGAAAUGGCCAUUGCAUGGUCUCAUGAGUUCACAUUUGCUCCUAGUGGACAGAAAUAUGGGUUGUUGGUGCUUCCAGACAAAGAUAAAGCCUGGGGCCCGAUGUUUGUAGCAAAAUUAAAGAAAUCAGUACCCUGAACAAAUGUUUUGUAAAUCAUAUUGACAGAUUGUUCUUUUUUUGUACGAGCUGUACAUAGGGAUAUGUAAACAAUUAUGCUGAUACUAUUCUUAGGUCUUUGAAAUUUUAGUCUAUUAGAUUAGCAUUUUGUCUAUAUUUGAAUCUAUAUCUGAAGCUUUUUUUUCUUGGAAAUACAUCAUUAAAAAUUAUUUAAAAUGGU